AUGAAAUUAAGCCAUAGAUCCUUCCAUGAGGAAAAUUUGGUGAAGGUUGAGAAAUUACUUAAAUUAAAUAAUUUCCCAAAAUUUUUUAUUAAAAAAUGCAUUAAUAAAUUCAAGAGUAUGCAUUCUAAUGACAUCGACAUGGAGGAUAACGGCGAGAUGGGAGGUGCGCAUAGAAGUAACUGUAACCACUGUGAAGAGAAUAGGUUUAGAUUCCCGUAUAUCAAGGGUCUUUCAGAUUCAAUUACUCGGUGUUUUCUGGGUACGGAGUGGAAACCUGCAUUCUACUAUAUAAAGACAAGGACUAAAAUACUGGACAGAGAGAGGGUAAAAUUUACACGUUGCCUAAGUGAGAUGAUUUACAUAUCAAUAAAUAACAAAGUUAAUUUUAGAACUGAUGUAGAAAAUUUGAGUAAUAUUUAUUCUAAUUUACUAUUUCAAAUCACACUGCAGCCAACAUAG